AUGGAUAAAGAGGUUGCUACUGGCUGUCAGCACGAUGAUGGGGAGGGAAAGACUUAUUAUAGCUGGUGUCAACAAUGUGCGAUCAAAGAGUUAGAGAGAGGAUUUUGCGAAUGGACAAGUAGCCCUCACGUUAACAAACUAAUACAGUGGACUCAAAAAAAUAUGACUCAUUGGUAUGACCAUCUAUCAUUUAUAAGAUACGAUAGAUUAAAAAACAUAAAGUUUUAUUCUGAUGGAAGAUAUGGAAGUAUUUACGAAGCCUGUUGGUUGGAUGGCCCACGCUGGGUUUGGAAUUCACAAAAAAAUAUAUGGGAAUGCGAAAAAAACAUUAAGGUUGCAUUAAAAAUUUUCAAAAAUUCAAGUAACAUGUCGGUGGAUUUCUUAAACCAAGUUUUCAACCAUGUUAAAUUAUUAACAAACGGCUCUCUUGCAGAUUUCUUUGGAAUAACCGAAGAUCCUUCUGGAAAUUACAUCUUUGUAAUGAAACUUUACACUGAUAAUCUAAGUGAAUACCUUGAAAAAAACCACGAGUUGAUGUCUUGGUGGGAUAUUGUUGAUAUGCUGUACAGUAUCGCUGAAGGUCUUGACCAAAUUCACGCCGGAGGAAGAUUUCAUUCAAAUUUACAUUUCGGUAAUAUCCUUAUUGCGGACGGAGCAAGUUCUAUAGACGCACGUAUAUCCGAUGUUGGUCUUCAUGGUCCAGUUGAUGAACAACGUUCUCCCACUGAUUACUACGGAAAAAUUUCAUUUACUGCCCCCGAAAUUUUAAGAAACGAAAAACCAGAAGAGACUAAAAUUUGUAAAUUUUAUCAAGCUGCAGAUAUUUACAGUUUCGGGAUUAUCAUGGCUAUGAUUUCCACUGGAAAAAUUCCAUUUUCUGAUAGAGAAGAGGAUGAGAAACUUUCCGAAGAUAUCUGUAAUAAAAAUUUGCACCCAGAGAUUUUCAAGGAAUCGAUGCCACAAUCAUAUUACGACUUAAUGAUAAGGUGUUUGAGUUCAAUUCCAGAACAAAGGCCCAGCGCCAAUGAAUUAAACUUAUUAUUGGGAAAAUGGGUUUCUGACCUUGGUGACAAACCGAAUUUUUCGGAGGUUGCAUCUCAAUUCCACGAAGCCAAUGACAAAAAAUGGGAACCGACCGUCAGUAUGGAUAAUAUAGAUGAAAAAUACUAUUUGAGGAUAAGUGAAGAAGGCGAGACACGUUGCCUUGCUUAG